GCUACAAAUUACACAUCUGCGUCUUCUGUAUACACUAUAUGCAGCGCUCGGCGCGAAAGGGUUAAAGUAUAUGUCACAAGAAGUCAAUUAUUAUGUGUAAAAUCUUUUGUUAUUACAGACAACUUAAAUUUUUGAAAAUAAUUUAUUCAAAGAUAUCAGUCUGUACCGUUACUCAGGUAAAUAUUUUCUGUUUACAGAACAAUAAUCUCUGUUAAGGUACAUUUAUCAACAGUGUGUAUGUGUAUUUGAUAAUUGUUGAAAUGUAAUCGAAUGCACUAUAUCUCAUUACGUAUACAUAUUACAUUUAACAAUAAUUUUGUCGACAAUGAAUUGGUACACACAAAUAUUACACAAACGCAUAUGUCAAUGUUGUCCUCGCACUCACCUCAAUGUUUCGCAUCGCGUGAAAUGCGGUAAAUACCAACAUGAAACCCCAACUCAGUAACAUCACAUUUAUAAAAUUCCUAUUUAAUCUCAUGUCGGUUACGUUAAAUAAAAUAUUUCCAAUCGAGAAAUAAAUGAAGAAACUUAGAAGUUUCUCGCGCGCACGUUUUGAAGUUUCACAGUUGAAAACCGUAUGUGUCUAGUUAACAGAUGGUGGCUGUAUGACAGUAAAGAAAAACCACAAAUGAUAUUAUCGUAUCUAUGAUGUGUAGCAACGUGUAGCAGGAGCUAGGAUAACGAUCAACGCGAUGAUAGUCAUAAAUGUUCAUGCGCGGUAUAUGGUCAAACUCCUUGAAAAGCAAGUGAAGGACGCGAUGGAUAUCAUAGCUGCGAUACUACUGACUGAACAAUAGCAUCACGGUUUCGAUUAUCACAAUUAGCGCAAUGUAUGCUUUUGAAUAUCUAGGUAACACUGCCAUGUUUUUGUGAUCACUCCAUUGAAACACUGAUGGAAGCAUUGAAAUUAAAUUUUCGUGGCUCACCAAAAGGGCCAGCAGCAACUGGUAAAACUGAGACGACGAAGGAUUUAGCGAAAGCUGUGGCCAAGCAGUGUGUGGUAUGCAAUUGCUCGAAUGGUCUGGACUACAAGAAUGGCGUGAAGAUGACCAAUGAGAUGACCAAUCAUUCACCCAACUUUAUUUUAUACAUUUUACUUUUGACAAUGGUUAGUGAAUCUCACUGGAUUAAAAGGGGAGUAGCAUCUUUAUGUCAACUUGACGAUUGAUAGCUCUAUAUUUAUAUGAGAAUUAAGGAGUGCCAAAUAAAUAGGAAAACACAAUAAAAAUUUUUCGAAUAAUAUAAUUGAUAUUGUGACA